AUGGCUGUCCGUGAAGCCAUCUCUCAGAGCAACCGCAGUACUCUUGAACCGAAAAAUGGGACUGGGUACAACGUUUUCGGCCUCUUCUCACAUGGGAACAUGUCCGGCAUCACUCGAAAGAGUCACGAGCUUCCAUGGUUGUGCAAGUACGUGAACCUCUUCGGCAAGCACCACCUUGCUCAGGAGGGAUCAUGUUGGACAAGUUUUGCUGUGAACUUUAAUCAGCCCAUGAACAUCCAUCUUGACCCCAACAAUGAUCCUGGUAGCAGCAACUUCACUUGCUCCUUCGGAGACUUCAAAGGGGGACAAUUAUGGGUGGAGUUGACUGAAGAUAGCGAUCCCAGUGUGAGCCCGGUGCGAUGGAAGACCAAGCGUAACGGUCAACGAGUACCAGGCCAUCUUCACACAACCCAACAUCGUUUCAUUCAGUUCUCUCCCAAGAGUUUUCAUGCGACUGAUCGCUGGUCAGGUACCAGAAUCUCUUUGACCUUUUACUCCUCUCGGUUGAUUGCUCAGAGUACGGAAGCCCGACGAGAAUGCCUCAAGAAACUGGGGUUUCCUUUGCCCAGGUCCGUCAGGCCUUUGAAGUACGACGACAACGAGGGCGAGGACGCCUAUGCCGUUGAUCCAGUUGAGGGACAGGGCGCGGGAGAAGUUCUCUUGUGCCAGGAUGUCCGUCACCUUCUACAAGCCUCGUGCGAGGAAGUGUGGGAUGAGGUCAACUCACUUCUUGAUGUGCAUGGCAGGGACCCUCACUGUUUGCAGGUGGAUGUCAUAGAGCUCACCAGCAACUGGAACAGCGAAGCCCGGCUUUCGCAUGGUUCCAACUUCCGAAAGGUGUUGAGGAAUGUGAUCUCCCUUUCCCAACAACAACUUCGGGGUGGAGAAUGUGUCUGGGUCUCAGAAAAGCAUUCCAGUGCUUGGCGAGAUCGUGACUCAUGCCAGUUCUGGCAGACUCUUGCAGAAUCCGGAAAGGCCUUCGAGUGGCAGCACGGAGAUCUACAAAUUCGAACCACGUCAAAGGCGAUGUUCCUGGAUUGCUCUAGGGUGUCUUCAAAAAUGGAGAGUGUAGAGAACCAGUGGGAUUACCUGUAUCGUGCCUUCUGUGGGUCAGUCAUGAACUUUCAUGGGGCUAGCUCAGCCUCAGGAGAAGGGAACCCCGUCUAUGCCGUGACGGCCCAGAAAGAAGCUCUUGAAGGCGUGGAUAAGAAGGAGCUGGAAAGCUUGUUAGACACCGUGCAGAAGCUUCAUCGGAGGUUCGGACAUCCUUCCAACAGCCUCCUCCUCAAGAACCUUCGAGCCAGAGGUGCAUCUCCUAAGCUGUUAGCCGUGGCCGCUGAGUUUAAAUGUGACAUGUGCAUGGAGAACCAGAUUCGCACUUCAGCUCCCGCGGUCAGUCUGAAGCGUGAGGACCGCCUCUGGUGCACUCUUCAGAUCGACGGUUUCUAUAUGCGAAUUGGCCAGGAAGUGUUCCACUACUUGCUCAUGGUCGAUGAGGCCUCCGGCUUCUGCGUAGUAGAAGAGAUGAUAAGGCACCCCGAGAAAGAGAUGAGGCACAUGACGACCGCCCAGGUAUGCCGGACCUUGGAACUUCGCUGGUGCCAGAUCUUCGGGUUUCCUGAAACCAUCAAGCUCGAUCCCGAGGGAGCUUUCAGAGGACUUGAUCUGGGAGAAUACUGCUCGUCCCGAGGUAUCGAGCUCAGUGUCAUUCCUGCCGAGUACCACGAAGGGAUCUCCGAGGUCGAGCGAUCCAUUGGGACAAUUCGUAGGAAGAUUGAGGCCUUCAUGCGCCAGGAACAGUAUCAUCCUACGAGGGCGGCUGCGCAGAUGGUGGCUGCACACAAUACCAUGGCCAGAACCCUGGGUUUUUCUCCAGCCCAAUGGGCCUUCGGUAGAGACGUCACCGUGACAGGACAUAGCCGUGAACGUCCUGGAGAGGUCUGCGCCCAAAGUGCUAUGUCCGAUCCUUCCCAUGGCAUGGCAGAAUCCCUUGAGCUACGCACCAGGGCAGAGAAAGCCUUCAUCGAAGCUCGAGCUCGAGAAGUGAUGUCAAGGGCAAUGAAUUCCCGAACAAGGCCAGCCAAAAGAUUCUUGCCUGGGGACAUCAUAUUCUACCAACGAUUCCAGGUUCCGCAGGAUGCUCCGGCCAACUCGGUGGUGGACCGUCCCCGGAUGGGGAUAGCCCGCUUCUAUGGACCAGCCCGAGUGUUGGCCACAGAGACUCGUGUGGUCUCAGAAGAAGGGGUCCGAAAGCCUAGUGCCAUAGUGUGGGCAGUCUGCAACGGCCGGCUUAAGCGCUUUCAUCAGAGUCAGGUCCGACACUCCACCGAGUCUGAGCGCCUCAUCGCCGAGGGUGCAGCAGGUGCCGAGUUUCCGUGGACGUUUGCUUCGUUGGCGAGUCUCCUUGAUCGUGGUUCCUUUGACGAUGAAACCAUCGUUCGCUCCCGAACCCGAGGACGUUCCAAGACUCCAGCCCGAUCCAGGUCAGUUCCUCCUGGUCGGCGAGCUGCUCCAGAACCUCCAGUACUCCCUCCUCAGCUUCAUUACGGUCCUGAGCCAGAAGCCGAGGACUUUGAAGAAGAAGAGGAAAUGAUUCCAGUCCCUGCUGAGAUGUCACGAGGCUCGAAACGUCCGGAUCCGGAGCCGCCUCAUGAUGAUGAGGCAGAGAUGAUCCCCGUGCCGCAGGCUCACAAUUCGCUGGUGGAAAAUUUGGACAUGAGUCGUUUCUUGAAUGAUCCUCAAUACCUGCCCGCGAACUUUGUGACCUUGGAUCAGGAAGAGAGUGAGAGUUCUGCCUAUGUCAUCCAGAAUGCCUCAUGCGCCUCCUUGCAGGACGAGUCCCCUGCGUUUGCAGUCACCCUCGCUGCCCCAUCGAGCGAGGCCGAGUGGAAGGCCCUCGUGAAGAAUCCCAAACGAUUCAUCGCGAAAAGCGUCCAAAAGGGCGUAGAGGUCAGCUAUGCCAAACUUAAUGGGGUACAGCGUGCUGCAAUGGACGAGGCCAUGAAGGUCGAAGUGGACAACUGGAUGAAGACCCAGGCUGUGAGGGCAGUUCAGAAGUUUCUGCCUCAGAGAGAGUUGCUCAAAAUGCGAUGGGUUCUCACUUUCAAAAGUGCUCCUGAUGAAUCUGCUGAGCCAAAGGAUGGACAACCUGCGAGCGAUUCCCCCAAAGCCUCUGGAGAGCGGAUCAAAGCCAAGGCGAGAAUUGUCAUUCUCGGCUACUCCGAUCCGAAUCUUCUGGAGGCCAAUACGGUGAGCCCAGCUAUGUCACGUCUUUCUCGGCAACUUCUGUUAAACAUGGCUUCAGUUCGAAAGUGGGACAUCUUGUGUGGGGAUGUGAAAUCGGCCUUCUUACAGGCAAAAUCUCCACAAGGGCAGAGGUGCGUGUUCGCGGCUCCAGUUCCCGAGCUGGCGCGUGCGCUCGGCCUACAAGAAGGACAGGCAGUGCAGCUCCUACGCAGCUGCUACGGAUUGGUGUCCGCCCCAAGAGAAUGGUACGAAGAUGUACAUAGGACUUUGGUCAGCUUAGGUGCCGAAAGGCUUACCACCGACAGCUGUGUGUGGCGCAUCCGGGAUGCUUCAGGCGCUGUGGUUGGACUUGUGUCCAGCCAUGUUGACGACUUCUUAAUGACGGGAUGCUCCUCCUCAAAGGCCUGGCAAGACUUCUUGCACGGCUUCAAGAAUGCCUAUGAAUGGAGUCCAUGGGAGCAUGGAGCCUUUCGACAUUGUGGUGUCAACAUCAUGCAGCAUCCUGACCAUUCUGUAAGCUUAGACCACUCCAGUUUCUGCCAGGAGUUGAAGCAGCUCGACCCGAUCCGUGAAGAGCGCAAGUUGACUCUUGCGGAAGUCAGCCAGGUGCGUGCCGUGUUGGGAAGUGUGCAGUGGAGAGUUUAUCAAAGUGCUCCACAGCACGCUGCUAAACUUAAUUAUCUGCAAUCUCUCAUCGCUUCGCAAGAUUCCAGCAUCGUGGAACAGGUCAACAAGUUGAUCCGUGAAGUGUAUUCAGCUCGAAGUUUGUCUGUUCAGGUGCAAUCUUUGGGAGCAGAGGAUCCCGAGCAGUUAUGCAUGAUCGCAUGGUCAGACGCUUCUCUUGCGAAUCGUCCGGAUUUCUCAUCCACAGGAGGGCAUUUAAUUGCUCUAAUGCAUCAGCAGUCUCUCGAGGCUGGAAUGGGACGCAUCAAUCCUAUCGCCUGGAAGAGUGGAAGAUUGCACCGAAUAGCCCGUAGUUCUUUGAGUGCAGAAUCACAAGCCCUUGCUGACACCGAGCAGGAGCUUUUCUUUGCUCGCUUAGAGUGGCGGGAGAUGAUCGGCGACUAUGUCGAUGCCAAGGUCCCAGAGAAUACGGCGGCCAAGGUCCCUUCAUACCUUGUGGUCGACGCAAAGGCCAUGUUCGAUACGUUGUCGAAGGGUGUCUUCGUUGCCAGUCAAAAGGAUAAGUAUACUGGUUUGGAACUUUUGUCGUUGAGUCAGCAUCUAGAAAAACAAAAGACAGUGCUUUUGUGGUGUGAUAGCAACCACAUGCUGGCGGAUGGUUUGACGAAGGCUAGCAAACAAGAUGUGCUCAAACGUUUCCUGGCAUCUGGAUAUUGGAGGAUCCGUUACGAUGGAGCCUUCAUUUCAGCGAAGAAGAGACGCCAGAUGUUGAGGGAGCCUGCUGCGGAGAAUGUGACAAACUCUGUUUUUCUUCAGUGUACAGAGCAGGCGCAAGCACUGAAAUGCUUCGGCAUUCUUCCUGGGGGCAUGUCAGAAGACUUGUACAAAUCAGUUUUGCCUCCACCUUCCAGUGCUUGCAAGCAUUCGGUUCUCACUUCCAGGAGCUCCUUCGGCCCGAGGCUCCUGACUCUUUUCCUUCAGAUCUCAGAUCGACUUCGUGCGAGCAGUGCGGAAAACGACUACCACUUCUUGCAUCACAUUUUUGGCGACAACAGAUUCCCUGGAAGCCACAUAGAAGAGGCUUCUGAGCGCGAGCAGAUAGAGGUCAAGCGCUCCAUCGAGGCAGCGAUUAGUUUCGGGGGUGGAAGAAUGCUGCAACUAGGAUUGCUGAGGCGCAUUCACAUGGUCCUUCAAUCAUGGUACUUCCUGUGUGUCUUCCUGGCACUGCGGGCAACUGGGUUCUUUGUACCGCUGGAUGCUUCGAGCAUCCAGGCCCUCUUUGGUCGAUUUGCUCUGCUUGAGAUCCCCAAGUCCAAAUGUCGCUACAAGGAUACUGGCACAUGGCAUCCGGAGUGUGUCCAUGGCCUGGACGAGUUUGUAGAGUGUGAGUACAACGGGUACCAAUACUCGAUGGAGUGGUACUUCAUGCAGAUGCUCCGGGAGAGCCGCCAGUACCUGGCCGAAUCACUUGACAAGGCAGAAUUCAUCUACUUCCCGCAGUGUGUGUCACAGCUCUACUUUGCACUCCGGCAAAGCUACAACUUCACGCACUGGCAGGCCAUCGAACGGGCUGAGCUUGGUUACUUGGUGCCAAUUCUUCGCUGGGCACAUGCCUCCCCCGCGCAUCGCGCGACCGGUGGCCUAAACUUCUGGACUGUCUUCUCCAUGGACUUGGGCCGUCAGGACUUUCCGCGAAGCGCUGCCUGGCUUCAGCCCUGGAGUGUGGGAUCGCUGACCGGGAGUGCCACUUGGACCAUCGACCAACAGAUGCUUCACAAGAGCGCAUUCCUGUCAGGUCCCGGCUACAAGGCAGACAGCUGCUGGGAGGAGGACACGAAGCCAGUUGCUCUGGCAAACGAGAUGUUCCCAGCCCGCAGCUUCUACAAGCAAGACACGGUGAUCUCAAUUCCUUCAAGGUUCAGUCCCCAUCCCCGAUCCCGGCGCUUUGGAGGGCGCACUGUGCUGGGCUUCUUUGCCGGGUCGCCGAACUCUUGCGCCCGCAAGAGGGUGCUUGCAGCACUGGCAGCGGAGCCAGGAUUCGAUGUCUCGACCAGCUUCGCCAAGGACGACGAGAACUACCGCGAGCGCAUGUGGAGAGCUCGCUUCUGCUUCGUACUCCGAGGAUCCUCGCACACCAACAAUGUUCGACUUUACGAUGUUAUGGCCCACGGAUGUGUUCCAGUGGUCGUGUCCGACGACUUCCAAGCCCCAUUGGACAGGUUGCUUCCCUGGAGGGAGAUGGCCAUCUUCUUGCCGACGAGCAGCAUCCCAAGGCUUGCGGAGAUCCUUCGGCAUGAAAUCACAGAGGCGGAUCGUUGGCGCUACUUCCAGAACAUCGCGCUCGGCAGUCCUCCAGGUGCUAAAGGCUUUCCUGCAGACCUCACCAUGGCCAAGACCAUGGCAAGCACCAAAGGUCUGGACCAGGAGACACUUUGGAGUGGCUUGUCUGCCAGCAAGGUCUUCGAGUGGCAUGAGAGCCAGUUCUGGAUGCUCUUCUACGCUGACGUCGCCUCGAAGCUGCGAGAUCGGCUCCGCGAGGCAAAGGCUCCACCCAGCGAGACGACUGAACGCAAUUCAACGGAGACGCCGCUUCUGGCAGCAUUCCGAUGGGUCUUGGACUUGAAUUGGCGCCGUGACCAACGACCGUGGGUUUUCGUGGACUGCGGCGGAGUGUCUCCUGAACCCUUUCGGGCACUUGGAGGCUGGCGCGAUGUAGACGGCUGCUGUCAGGCCCGAAUGCUGGCUGUUGAGUGGCGAAACCCUUCACUCAAACGUCCGUAUCGUCCGCAGGUGGCGGGCCUUCCAGCUCUUAGGCAGUGCACGGAGGUCACCGUCAUCCAGGACAGCGACUUGUCUAAGCUCCAGCAGAUCUCCAAGCAACUCCCCGGCUUGUGCCGCAGGCGCAAAUGUCAAGCACCUGACAGCGACAAUGCCCAAGCAGAGGGUCUGGCGGACAUCGUCGUGCAGGUCGGUCGUCGCUGCCACCCAGAUCGUCUCUUCACACUGUUGCCCAAGCUCUGGCCCCGCUACUUGUGGCUGGAAGGCGCCAGCCCAUCCGCAGCACGCUCCGGGCUCCUGCGCGCUCUCCUGCAGGAGGGAUGGCUGUGCUUCCGUCCCGCUGGCGCUCGCCUAGCGCCACUCUUCGAGCCCUUCGCCGGGAAGCCGCAGCUGGGUCGAGGUGGCGCAUUGUGUGCACAGGAGACUGACGAGAGCUUGGACCUGCUUGUUCGCACGGGUCCCUACUCGUCGCAAGGCGUUGGGGUGCGCAGUUCGUCUUCAAGCCGCCCAAGGAGGCAGCCAACACGCGAGGACGUUUCUUGCACUCAUUCGGUUAGCUUGCGAUCCGAGACUCGGACGGGUCGGAACGGGUCGGUGCUGCCGGGCAACCUGCGUCUUCGAGUUCAUGGUCGAGGUUCUGCCGAGGGUCACGCGAGCACAUCACGUUGUUCCCCGAGAACCUGGCGUAUCUGGCUAAGAACCACCACCUGCGCCGCUGGAGUCGACCAGAAGCCUAUUGAGCCUUGUCCAAGGCCACCCCCGCACUGCCAGCAACCGGCCAGCUUCGAGGAAGAUGAGAGCCUCAUAGAGGCUCAAAGAGGCUCAAAGCUCAUGGCUCAAGGUGUGAAGGAUGGUGCUCUGCCAGAACUUCCACGCCUCCGUCCAAACAGGGCUCAGCGCACGAGGUUGCCCUCAUUCUACGCCAUGCACAUGUGGACGUGGACCAUUCUUGAACAUAUAGUCGCAUCCGUGCAUGCGACAGCUAAUGUCCCCUAA